AUGGUUUCUUGGUGGUGUAACAGUAGUGUUGGAAGGUCAGAUGAUGUGAUAAGAGUUGUGCUGCCGGUUAUUGCUGCAGAUUGCGAUGGUAGAAGGAGGGUGAAACAAGACUUGAUGGUGGCAGAAAAAUGGGUGGUCGGAGGUGAUGAUGGUUCCGGUAAUCUCGGUGAAACCGGUGGUUGUUUAGUGGCUGCUGCAAAGGUUCUUCGCGUGUCAAAAUUUUCUAAUGUCCCGCCUGAUCUAAUUUCCCUCCCAUCCUGUGGAAAAUAUGAGAUUGAGAAAUCCCUUCCUUCAUCCCACUUUCCAAAUGGUAGACGAAAUCGGCCAUGCCGGAAUUGUUGUCGCUGCCGGAGUCGACCGCCGCCAACGACAUCGUCCUAUUCCCGUUACUCUUCUCCGCCAUCUCGCCCUACUCCCGAUUUCUCUGAUCUCCCUCCACCCUAUUUGGAUUCCACUGUGGUUUCCAGAAUCGAUCAACGCCAUCCCCACUGCUUUCGACUCCUCUUCACCAUAUCUCAUGUCGCUCCUUUGCCUUUUUCUACUCUCUCAUCGUACAUCGCCAUCAUCGAUUCAGAUUCCACCACCGGUCUAUUUCAACGCCACUGCUCCACCAAAUCUAAACCUCAUUGGAAACCCUUAUCGGUUCACCUCAUCACCGCCGCCACCGAUUUAGGAAGACGAAGCUCGCUGGAAACCCUCACCAUCGUUGUCAACCGUGCGGGUUACACGGUCAUCCACCAUCAUCAUCCAGGAUCCGUAUCCGAUCACCCACCGCUGUCAGCCACCAUUGUUAAUCUACCGUCGUCAAUCAGCCGCCAUCCUCAGCUUUGCUUUUGUAAGGAAAGCAUAAUGCUUUUGGAAGUUGGAACUUGGAAGAUAUAUUCAUGGGACACAUUCUUGCUUCUUGUUGGCUUGUUGCUUUUAGGUAAAUGAGUUGUGACAACAAGUGUCAAACAGGCAACAUGCCAUGGAAUAAAUGUAAAGUCAAGUGUAUUUGCAAAUGGAACAAAAGUGAAAUGAAAUGGAAUUGCAAAUGCAACUACAAUUGGCGGGCUUUUAUGAGAAAAUUCAACCCGUCCGGUAGUCCACUAAGUAAUUCUUAGUUAUUGUU